AUGAUAAGCGAGGGUGCAGGAACUAAGUUUGGCGAGGGUAAAAAACAGCGAAUUAUCACUAUCGCUCUGCUGGUGGUAGCUUUGAUCGUCCUCAUUGUUGGAAUCGUGUUGAUUGUAGUCGCCGCAACCAAAAAGGAUGGUAAAUCAACUUCGACUUCAACAACCAUGGAACCUCAAAAGAACAGCGUUCCCUCAGAGACCGGUUCCACUCCAACAGUCCCCAGCACAAAGGCAUCUUCCAGUAGGUGCGAUUUUUCAGAAGAAGCUCAAAAUGCAGGUCUUCCUGAAUUUCUUAAUCGCGUUAAAUCAACCUACUUCAAGCUUCAUCCUUAUGAUGUUGUAUCCGAUCCAGACGUCACUCCGGAUCGAGUAAAAACAGAAUACGUCGCAUACGAUCCUACGCCGGCCGUGAUCAAAAACCGCUCGGACACCGCUCUGGCGUUGCUGAAAGAGAUUAGCGACAAGAACAUUAACACAAACAGGUUGAAGCCCCGAGAGAGGAAGGCGUUGGCACAAGUAAAGCAUUAUCUUCAACAUAUGUUCGGUCAGCCUUACGAUGUCAACUACUACACCGGAGAUUGGAUGAUGGGCCCGAAUUUGUUCUGUUGGCAGGAAAUCUGUGCACAUGGUUACGGUGUCCACAAUGGAAUAGGACGGCAUCACAAGCCGUACAACGCCGAUGAUGUAAAACUAAUAGAAAGCAAGCUGAAAACUCACAAGGCAGGAUUUCUUCAGUAUAUUGCAAACAUGAAGAUGGGUGUUCGAAGGGGAAUGAUCCGAAGUACGGAAGAGUGCUUAGCAGGUCUCAACUCGAUCAAGAGGCGAUACUUGAAUACUUCUCGUUAUAAUGAGACAGGUGAGGUGGUUUGCCCUUCUUUGAGUUGUCCAUUUAUGAUAUUCUUUGGUGCACAUUUUUAGACUUUACCUCAGAUUUCUUUGAUCGAUUCUUAUUCUGUUCAAUGACUUGAAAACAUUUUCCUUUUCGCUUACGUCGCAGACGCUCUAAACCUUAAGUAGAGAGCAAAACAAAUGGUUUAGACGAGUGCGUGGGCCGGCUGCAACGCAGCCUUUUUCUUCUUUCUACUUUCUUGAGGUUAUCAGUUGGCAGGUAGCGCACAGGACCAUCUAUAAAAUCUUUUUAACCUUUUUAGAGGUCACGAGGUGCCGCAACUAAUACCCUACUAAAGCAAACAAGACGACUAUUGUAUCCUUUAGAUGUCAAAAUACAGCUGACUGUCAGUUUUGAGAACCGCCAAAUGACGUAAUAGUGUUCCAAAACUUUAAUCCCUCGAAGAUCAGAUCAGAGAUGAGGCCCUUUAUGCGUGUACAUGAUCGGCUUCUUUGGUUUGCAAUAAUUACAAGUUUUUUUGCCGAGGCACUUAAAUGUUGGUUGGUUAAUACUAGUGCGCGUGAGAUGACUUAUCUUUGUGAACUUCGAGCUUUUAUCGAUUGAUUGAUGAUUAUUAAUCGUUUCAAUAGCGUGCUCAAUGUUCCUAAGGCAUAUAAUUUGGUAAAAAGUUUCCGGUAGCCCUGUUGGUGUCCUUCAGUUAUAACUCAAAAACACCUGACUCACAAGGAACCACACGGACUUGAAUUCGACCACAUUUUUUUAUAUCCAUUAUUACUACUUUUGAGUAACAUUUAUUUUUGUGUAAAAAUCGCGUGAUAGUAAAGCCCAGAAGGAGAUACAAAGGUUAAUACGUCUCUCAACCAUUUCCCUUAAUUUGAGAUCUGCACGGUUAUGUAAUUAGAUUGGCUACGACGGAAAAGAAAACAGAUGUUACUAAAAGGGGAAACAGGGAACAGGCAACGGUGAGUUGGGAAAAUGAAAAAUGGGAACAAAUCGUAACCUGAAGUAACUUAAUUUCCAAUGCCCGGAUUUGUUCUCAUAGUUUUCAUUUUUCAGUUCCCCGGCCGUUCUCGGUUCUAGUAACAUCCCAAAGAAAACGCGACCGCGUUCGCCUCUUCACUAUUGGGUUUCUAGAACUGAUCACUGAUUGACAAGAUAACCAAAGACCGCACGAAGUUUAAGACAACAUUUUAAUUUAAUCAUUAUGUGGGCGUUGUUAUCGCUCAGAGGGCAUUGAUAAGGCAAAUCUGAAUUCCGCAGAUGUUUUAUCUGUUGUUUUUAUCAGUCCUACUCAUUUUCAGUUUAAUAACUUACUAUAGGACNUCCUUUUCGCUUACGUCGCAGACGCUCUAAACCUUAAGUAGAGAGCAAAACAAAUGGUUUAGACGAGUGCGUGGGCCGGCUGCAACGCAGCCUUUUUCUUCUUUCUACUUUCUUGAGGUUAUCAGUUGGCAGGUAGCGCACAGGACCAUCUAUAAAAUCUUUUUAACCUUUUUAGAGGUCACGAGGUGCCGCAACUAAUACCCUACUAAAGCAAACAAGACGACUAUUGUAUCCUUUAGAUGUCAAAAUACAGCUGACUGUCAGUUUUGAGAACCGCCAAAUGACGUAAUAGUGUUCCAAAACUUUAAUCCCUCGAAGAUCAGAUCAGAGAUGAGGCCCUUUAUGCGUGUACAUGAUCGGCUUCUUUGGUUUGCAAUAAUUACAAGUUUUUUUGCCGAGGCACUUAAAUGUUGGUUGGUUAAUACUAGUGCGCGUGAGAUGACUUAUCUUUGUGAACUUCGAGCUUUUAUCGAUUGAUUGAUGAUUAUUAAUCGUUUCAAUAGCGUGCUCAAUGUUCCUAAGGCAUAUAAUUUGGUAAAAAGUUUCCGGUAGCCCUGUUGGUGUCCUUCAGUUAUAACUCAAAAACACCUGACUCACAAGGAACCACACGGACUUGAAUUCGACCACAUUUUUUUAUAUCCAUUAUUACUACUUUUGAGUAACAUUUAUUUUUGUGUAAAAAUCGCGUGAUAGUAAAGCCCAGAAGGAGAUACAAAGGUUAAUACGUCUCUCAACCAUUUCCCUUAAUUUGAGAUCUGCACGGUUAUGUAAUUAGAUUGGCUACGACGGAAAAGAAAACAGAUGUUACUAAAAGGGGAAACAGGGAACAGGCAACGGUGAGUUGGGAAAAUGAAAAAUGGGAACAAAUCGUAACCUGAAGUAACUUAAUUUCCAAUGCCCGGAUUUGUUCUCAUAGUUUUCAUUUUUCAGUUCCCCGGCCGUUCUCGGUUCUAGUAACAUCCCAAAGAAAACGCGACCUCGUUCGCCUCUUCACUAUUGGGUUUCUAGAACUGAUCACUGAUUGACAAGAUAACCAAAGACCGCACGAAGUUUAAGACAACAUUUUAAUUUAAUCAUUAUGUGGGCGUUGUUAUCGCUCAGAGGGCAUUGAUAAGGCAAAUCUGAAUUCCGCAGAUGUUUUAUCUGUUGUUUUUAUCAGUCCUACUCAUUUUCAGUUUAAUAACUUACUAUAGGACAAGCUGAUCCUAGCUGAUCAACUCCUGAGACUUACGUAACAGUGAUUUGGAAGCUGUGCUUGCAGUACAUUAUUGAAAAUUGAAAUCUUUGAAGGAAUCACUGUCAGGGUGGGUGACAUAGCCAGUGUUGGCUUAGCUCUCUCUUAUAGGGAAUAAUAGGGGUACUCCCUGUUAGAGAAGAGACUACAAAGGGAUGUUCCGCACAAAAGGGUGCUUAACUUUAAGGCUAUUUCAUGAGGUGGGGUUAAAAAAGGCUUAGAAUACUUGUUAUCGCUGUUUAGGUGUAUAUGACGCGUCUUUCGAAGAAUGCUACCUACUGAAAGGAUAAAUUAGUUAACGUCGCUCAGCAUUAGUCUUAUUAACCGAAACUCUUCUUCGAGGGAAGUGUUAGUGAAGGCACAUGAAAAGGGUCCUAUCUGGGCAAAGUGUUGACUCUUCUAAAGGGGGAGGGUAUGGACCUCGCAGAGGAUGGGGGAAAGAAUUCUCGCCAUCCUGCUUCCCCCUUCGAACAGACGAUUAAGUAUCACUGCAAAGAUCACAAAGAUAGAGUAUCGUUUUUAAGUUUCACCGGCUGAAAUCAAGGCAAGAUGUUUGUAAUGUGCACGGUGCAACAAAAUUCGCAGUCCGUAUGUUGAAAUAUAUCCUCUCACGGAGACGUUCUUAGCGGUUCGUCACGCGUUCCUGCCCCACGGUUGUUGAGGAGGAUUGCGUGACGAGCCAAAAUAACGUCUCCAAUGGGAGAUUGUUGAAAGUGUGUGAUUAACCUAAUCUCGCUUUCUCCAUUGCAUUACAGGAGUUUUGAAAGAGUGGUUUGUCCAACUCAUAUUGAGCCCUGACUUUUACAGCAACAUAACAGAAACAGUAGAUAGUGAAUGGAAGGCCAAGCAUGGAAAGAACGUCAGUGAAACAAUCAAGGAUUACUUGGUGACCUAUCUCGGCGAACCGAUCACUAAACUGCUAAGGUAAAAAGAUUUGCAAUAUUGAUCUUUCUCACACGAAUUUAGCACGCACAAGAUCUUCAAAGUUUGGUUUCCCUUUAUCAUAACAUACGAGUACAAUGGACUGAAAGUGUGAAUAGUCGAAGAAAACCAAAAGCGAAGCCUGUUUCAAAACGCCCAUCAUGUAUAUUAGUUAGGUGAAUCAACUCAGGUAUCGCUCCCGAUCAAAUGAAAUUACCGUAAACGAUCUAAUAAACGCCCACUCUCAAAUAAACGCCUCUUAUCUAAUAAACGCCCCCCUUACGCUGUUAAGUUAGUAUUAAACGCCCCUCUCUAAUAACCNNNNCCCCCCCCCCCUAUCUAAUAAACGCCCCCCUUGAAAAUUGCCCCCAAAUACUAGGAAAUGGUAAAAUAGAGCAAAAUCAAUCAAUUUAUUAAUUUCAUUUCUUGAUUAACAUCAGUUUGUGUAUUAUGUCAUGUUCAAUUUCUAGAUUAGCCGUCAGGCCUGCAGUCGAGAUUCUGUGGCACAAAAACGUUUUUAGCCGAAAGCAUACUGUAUACCGUUAUGUUGAGUUACGAGAAUAAACGCCUCUCUCUUUUAAACGCCUCCCAUCUAUUAAACGCCCCCUCUUGGACGCCUAAAAUUAAAUAAACGCCCCGGGCGUUUAUUAGAUCAUUUACGGUAACCCUCGUUAUUUUCUCUUCAAAUUUAUUUUUGUCUCACCCUAGUCUCCUUCGCAACCGCUCGGGCCGGAAUCACGCAAUGCCGUAGGGAACAUUGCGUGACUGCGGCCCAAAGGAGACAAGUCUCACCCCUGCCAAUCUUUUUUAAGGUUCCAGAAAAGGGUGUGUACAAACGAAAGUUUAAAAGAUUUUUUUAACGUUGAAAAUUACUUUAUUCCCAGCCGGCUCUGAAAUACAGAAUGCACCCUUGUUACAAAUAAAUUAAUUUCUUAUAUCUUAAAUCGCAAUAAUUUUCCUCACAAGAGAGUUGAGAAAUGCUUUCUUCAUUACGGAAGCUCGUUUUUCAUAAUUUUGUUUCGAUUUUUUUUAAUGUUAUAUAGAUAUCUAGAAACAGAGCACAUCCGUCACUGCGUUCCCAGCAAUGUGUCCAGCGGUUUAGCCACUCUCCCACUGAAGUAUGUUUGGCUCGAUGGCAAAGAGAACAAGUCCUGGCCAACAAACCCAACACUGCCUACCGGUGAACCGCUGAACGGAUCGCAGGCCUAUUCUAAAAUCAUGUCUUAUUUCACAACAAACACAAUGACACCUAUGGAGGUCCAUAAGCUUGGACAACAGCAACUGGCAGUUCUCUACCCGAUGGUAAGCUGCGUCUUGUCAGUGUGGAAAAUAUGUUUAUAUUAUGCAACCGUGAUUUGCAAUGUCCCACUUCGUUUAAAGUAAUAAAUAUAAGGGGGUGUGAUGAAUGCCUUACACGGCGGUAUGUGAAGACGUUUAAUAGGGACUUUAAGAUUCAACGACGCGGACGGCAACAAGAACGUCAAAAAAACAAAAGGUGUAAUAAGCAAAACAACAACUUUGCACGUGCAUCAUGCUUUUUUUGGACAUUUCUUCGCCCGUUUUUGCACGACCACGGCGUGAAAAUGCCUAAUUUCGCGUUUUAUGGAGAACGUAAACAAGCAAGCUAUUUAAUACUACCUGUGUCACUGUCCUUCUAUAUGGCUGAGUCGUGGGUCCUGUCGAAAGUAAUGGAAAGCGAGAUCAAUGCCUUUGGUACCUCAUGUUAUAGAAUUAUGCUCAACAUCAAGAGAAUUGAUAGGGUGUCCAAUGCUAAAAUCUAUGAUCUAACUCAGACUGCCCCGCUAGUAGAAAAUGUCAGAACCCGCCAACUGAGGUUUCUGGGUCAUGUACUCAGGAUGCCUUAUGAUGAGCCAUGCAAGGAGUACGCACUGUAUAUUCCACCACGUGGGAAGAGAAAACCAGGAAGGCAACGAACCCUGUUUCUCAGAUACAUUUAACACCUUUUGGGAGACACAGACAACAUGAUUGGCCCGGGCAAUCUGCCUGAAUUGGCACAGGAUCGUUGUGGCUGGAGGAAGCUUGUAGUCGCCUGCUCUGCAGCCGACCGAUGAUGAUGAUGAUGAUGAAACAAGCAACGAUGAAAUUUUGUUUCUCUUUCUGCAAUUGGAUAUGGUCCCUAGGAACUCAACUCCAGUAAGUGGGUAAGAAUAAUUGCGAUAAAGACUGAAAGAACGCAAAUUCACCUUUCAAGCGACGUUCCGGUUGCCGUCGCGUCGUUGGAUCUUAAAGUCCCUAACGGCGUGCGGAGACGCGAGUGUGUAAGAAUUAUCAGUGUAAUAAACAGUGCAAAUGAAUCGUCUUCACGGAGUGCAACUGAUACAGCUAAAUAAGGUCCCGGCACUUUAUUUUACGUUGACCUUAGCGUAGCUAACUCGCUUCUUUUCAACUUUGAGUGAAGUAUCUUCAAACACCUCGUUUGCCAUGUCAGCGGUUUGAAUGAUGCCUGAUCAUUACUUGCGCCUCUAAACGCGCCUGAACACCGUCAACCGCGCCCCGUCCCCUUACUAACGUCUAUUGUACCGGGUAAGAGUUGGUGUUCACUUCAAGAGGAGCCUCUACCGUCAUAUACAUCGCAAACUGGUUCAUCUCUGCUAUACAAAAAAGACCAGGGCUUAGAGAAAUAUAGAGGACGGUGUGUAGUAGGUGGAUCUCCGCUCAAUUGUACAGUGUACCGGUGUCGACUAACAACUAAGUACUUAUCUUGUCAAACUGACUAGCUAGUCACAUUUCGUUGUCACGCUUUCUCAACCAACUUAUUUAACUUUUUCCGAGUGUACUUCUUCCCUCUUUCCCCAAUGUUGUUGAUGCAUUUUCUUUUUUUAGAUCGUCGCUGUUGCCAGAGAAGUAACUGGAGAGUCAGAUAACGAUACUGCUGUAAUGAAGUUCCGACAGAAACUUAAUUCAUCUGAAAGCUACUUUAAUCCUCAACCAAUUCCCAAGAACGAGUCUGACAAAGAAGCACAUAUAAAAUGCAGCGAUAUUGAAGGCGCAAAAAAAUAUUGUCCAACACGAUGGGCUGCAUUAGAACGGUGGUUUGCUGAAUCAAGAAAGGUAACGUGUACAUGCCCCCCC